CCCUUAAGGGAGACGCAGCUCGUCUCCGGUUCACCUUGGAGGAAACUGAGAGUCCAGGAGAUCGAGUCCCUUGGUCCACACCACGCAGCAAGGGAACAGAGACGCGAAACCAGGCGAUCUGCCUGUCCCUAGCCUCGGCUAUGGCCGGGCACCCUGCCCCAAUCACUGCGGCGUGUGUACGCCCUGAGGCCGGCCUCGAGGGACCAAGAGCGCGGGCGGGGACGGGGCGGGGACUACCGUAGGCCAGAGCCGACCGCGAGAGGGACCCGGGCCGGCCCCCGCCCCGCCCUCCAGCCCCGCCUGCUGGGCUGCGCGCGGAGAGGAGGCGGCGGCGCUGGGCGCUGGAAGUCGGCGGGCGGCAAAGAGCGCGGAGCCUGAACCGGACCACGCCGCCGCCGCCGCCGCUACCUGCGUGGCCGUCAUCAAGAUGUCAUGGCACCCCCAGUACCGGAGCUCCAAGUUCCGCCAUGUCUUUGGCAAACCAGCCAGCAAGGAGAACUGCUAUGACUCAGUGCCCAUCACCCGCAGCGUUCACGACAAUCACUUCUGUGCCGUGAACCCCCACUUCAUUGCAGUUGUGACUGAGUGUGCUGGCGGGGGGGCCUUCCUCGUCAUCCCCCUGCAUCAGACAGGAAAGUUGGACCCCCACUACCCGAAGGUCUGCGGGCACAGAGGGAACGUCUUAGAUGUCAAGUGGAACCCCUUUGAUGAUUUUGAGAUUGCCUCCUGUUCUGAAGAUGCCACGAUUAAGAUCUGGGGCAUCCCCAAGCAACUACUGGCAAAGAACCUCACAACCUGCAGGAAGGAGCUGCUGGGCCACUCGCGCAGAGUGGGCCUGGUAGAAUGGCACCCCACAGCUGCCAACAUCCUCUUCAGCUGCGGCUACGACUACAAGGUGAUGGUCUGGAACCUGGAUACAAAGGAGUCUGUCAUCGUAAGCCCCGUGAGGACCAUUACCUGUCACCAAGAUGUGAUCCUCUCCAUGUCCUUCAACACCAACGGCAGCCUGCUGGCCACCACCUGUAAAGACCGCAAGAUUCGGAUUCUCGACCCCCGAGCAGGGGUUGUCCUACGGGAAGCCAGCUACAAAGGACACCGGGCCAACAAGGUGCUGUUUCUCGGAAACCUGAGUAAGCUGCUGUCCACGGGCACGUCCCGAUGGAACAACCGGCAGAUGGCCCUGUGGGACCAGGAUGACCUCUCUGUACCUCUCACCGAGGAGGACCUGGACGGCUCCUCAGGAGUGCUGUUUCCCUUCUACGAUGCAGACACCAACAUGCUCUACUUGGUGGGGAAGGGAGAUGGCAACAUCCGCUACUACGAGGUGAGCACCGACAAGCCUCACCUGAGCUACCUGACUGAGUACCGCUCCUAUAACCCACAGAAGGGGGUCGGUGUGAUGCCAAAGAGAGGCCUCGAUGUGUCCUCCUGCGAGAUCUUCCGCUUCUACAAGCUAAUCACAACCAAAAGCCUCGUCGAACCCAUAUCCAUGAUUGUGCCCCGGCGGUCGGAAUCCUACCAAGAGGACAUCUACCCCCCAACAGCAGGGGCCCAGCCAUCCCUGAUGGCCCAGGAGUGGCUCAAUGGGAUGAACAAAGGGCCAGUUCUGGUGUCCCUUAGGCCUGGCUCUGAGCUGCUGAGCCCCCAGCCACCGCUUCUAGACAGACCUGUCUUCAACUCUGUGGGCCUGGCCUCGCAGGCCUCUCACCAGGCAGAAAACCAGGCUGCAGAGGAUGGCUGGAGGCCUCCCUCCUUGCUGCAGGAGAAGGCACCAAUGUGGUCAGCAGAGUGCAGGCUGGAGGAGAAGAAAUCCUGGCUCACCAAUGGCUUUGACGUUUUCGAAUGCCCCCCACCAAAGACAGAGAACGAGCUGCUACAGAUGUUCUACCGGCAACAGGAGGAGAUCCGAAGGCUCCGGGAGCUGGUGACCCAGAGAGAGGUCCAGGCCAAACAGUUGGAACUGGAGAUCAAAAACUUGCGGAUGGGUUCAGAGCAGCUCUGAGCAGAAAUCGCUGCCCUCCUCACCCUCAGGGACACACUUGGCUUCGUGGGGAGGUCCAGAACCAAACCACACGUCCCGCCCGAGAACAACCACUAUUUCUAUAUUUUUUAUCAGAAAACAAGACUCUCAGUCGCUGAAAGAGAUUCCAGUGGGACGUGGUGCCGUUUUUCUAUUUGCCUUCUUGCAGCAAGAGUUUCUAAAUUGACUUUGUUUCUAGAUCAUACCUUCCCUUCUGUUUCAUUCUGUGUUAAGUGUCCAUGAUGAGCUGUAACUUCUCAAAGGGAAGAACAUUGUAGAAAGUUAGAGCCAAUGGCCUAAGAGGUCUACCUGCCUGUGAUUUUCAACUGUGGCCCAUAGAUUAGGGGUAAGACUAAGCAGGAAGGCUGUUUCUCCCUGCUCACCACCCUGUUCCAACCAGACAGCUCCCCUUCUAUCUAUUUUAGAUGUCAGGCUGCUAUGGAAUACAUAAUUCUGCUACAAAAGAAAAACUUAGAAGUUUGAAAACCAGUGACCUGGCCCAACUCCCUUAUUUUACAGGUGGGGAAACUGAGGCCUAGAGAGUCAAGGGACUUUUAAUGGCAGCACUGGGCUGAGAUCCUGGCCUCCUGGUUCUGUCUGCUGUGUUGGGUCUGAUGCAGUUCUCAGCCCACGGAGCAGGAAUGUGUUGGAUCCAGCUUUGCUGUGCCCCAUCUUGCUCAGUGAGCAAUGCGAUUCCUUCCUCUCUGGUCUCACUUUCUCCCUGUGAGUCAGGAGAAGCCUGUAACGAGGUAAUCUCUACAGGACCCAAGAUCUUGACUUGAGGAAAACUACCAGUGGGGUAAUGAACUGGUUUUGCUAUAGAAACUCACAGACACUGGCUAAGGAUUAGAGAGAUAAAGCUAAAUUCUAGAUGGUUUUGACUUCCUGUCAAAACCAUCCUCUCUAACUGGACUCAGCCAGAUCUGGGUAGAUACUAUCCCUCAAAUGGGGAUGCAGACUUUCAGAGCCGUGUCCAUGACUUCUGACUACCACUACCAGAGACCUUAGGUAUACAACCUGACUCCUGCAGGACAGAUGCAGGUGGAUUUCAGCCUGGACGGGCUCCCUAGGAGGUAGGCAAGCCAGCAGAGCCUGUGGCCACCUAGCUGGGAGGGCUUCUGGAGAAGGUUGACUAUACUAGAUAAGAAAGUAGGACCAAAUGGCCCUGAAGUUCCUUCUGGCCCAAAAGUUUUUCUUCAUCUCAUCUUAGGGAAUCUGCAUUCUGAGCCCUACUCUAAAGUGGCCAAUACAACAGCCCCAACAAGAGACUGAGAAUGAUUAGAAGUGACAUUUGUCCCUCCUUAAGGAGGAGGGGCAGAGGAUAAGUUUUCUCCAUUGCAUGAGGUGAUUCUGGAGCUGAGAUGGUGACUGCAGGAGGCCACUUAACCUGGUAGGUUGCAACCCAAGCUCUGCAUUAGAAUCCCUUUGGAACAUUCAAGAAAUACAGAUGCUGAGCCCCACCCUGGACCAGCUAUUUUAGAUGUCAGGCUGCUAUGGAAUACAUAAUUCUGCUACAAAAGAAAACCUUAGAAGUUUGAAAACCAGUGAUCUGGCCCAACUCAGUCAGUCUGCUCACUCCCCUCUGAAGCGCCAGCCAAGCUUGCCUUAGCAUGCUCUGGGGCAAAAGGCCAAAUCCCAGGCAUUGCCAGGGAAGCAGAGCUCCCCUGGAUGAGGUCAACUCUGCCACUUCAUCUGUGGCCAGCACUUCACAGUUUACAAAGCCCUCCCACCUUCACAACUGCCAGAUGCUACUCUUAACACAGGGAAGGCAAGCAUUCUAAUCCCCAUGUCCAGAAGGGAUGACUAAUCUCAGAGAAGUGAAGAAACAUUAUGCCCAAGGUCACUGGUUGCCAGCAGUAGAGGUGGGGUGGCGUCCAGAGAGCUCCCCGACAUGCCUCUGCACAGCACCAUCUCUUUCCAGGCUUCCCAGCCCCAAGGGACCCAGACCUCACACUUAAAAACAGGACACAGGUAUCUGAACGAACAUGUUUUCUUUUUUUUUUUUUUAAUAUCUAGAAUAAAUUAUUUAAAUUAUUUCACAGCAAGGGAAAGGGAGAGGUUAAUUUUUAUCAGAUAUUUUUUUAAGCCAUCUUUUUUUAAAAUUACAUUUUUGUUUAUGUUCUUAAGCUGAUGAAGUAGAACUUGUCCAGCAUUUGCAGGGCCCAACACUCAUUUCCUUACCCUGGAAACCCCCUUUCUGUUGACUCAGGAAUUUCUGAGAAUGAGGACAGCACUUGGGAGAUGAGCUUUGGUGGAUAUCCACCUUAGCUCUACAAUAACUGUGCUUCCUGGAACAAAACUUGAGAUUGUAUCAAAGAGGGUAACAGGAAGUUAGAAAUCAGUCUAUGCUUUUAAUAUAAAACCGUGCCUGAAACAGUUUGAAUGAUCAUUUUAAUGUUAUUUCUGAAAUUUCUCAAAGCUUUGUAAAAAAAAAAAAAAAAGGAAGAAAGAAAGAAAAGUGAAAAUAAAUAGAUGUGGAAUGGUGCAAUGGAAGGAAUUUAACAAAAUAAUAAACGUGACUAGACAUUU